UGAAAAGUGUAUAGAAAAGUGUAGAUGAGAAUGGAGAGGAAAGAAAAAAGUAACCCAUUCGAUACUGUUGGUGUUUUCUCUCGAAUAUUUUUCUGUUGGAUUUUCCCAACAAUAAAUGAGGGAAGAAAACGAGUUUUAAAGGAAGAAGAUUUAUACAAAUGCUCAAGAUAUCAUACUUCCGAGUAUCUUGGCGAUCUGCUACAGAAAGAAUGGAACCAGGAAUUGCGGAAAAAGAAUUCAAGCAUACUGAAGGCUUUAUUACGUUUUGUUGGUUGGAAAUACUUAAUAAUUAUUCUACUUGUACUCAUUCAGAUGACAGUGUUAGUUGCCGGCCAAGCAUACUUAGUAGGAUUAAUAAUAAAUUAUUUUGAAAACAGACAGGAACGGAAUCAAUACAAGGUCUAUGCUACAGUUGCGGGAUUUUUUAUUCUACUUGCGAUUUAUUUCUGUAUAUAUAAUAUUAGUGCGUUUAUAACUGAAUUAUAUGGAAUGAAGUUAAAGAUAGCUUUUUGCACUCUUAUAUAUAGAAAGGCAAUUAGGCUAAGUCCUUCGUCUCUGGAAAGAUCGAAUGUGGGACAAAUGGUAAAUCUUCUAGCAAACGACGUCAGCAAGUUUCUAAAUAAAAUUAUCUGCCUUCCAGUUUUAUUUACAUCGCCUUUCUUCGUCAUUACUUCGAUAGCCAUGUUGUGGAAAUAUUACGGAUGGACUAUUCUAAUUGGAUACUUGGUCAUAUUUCUCUAUUUUCCUAUACAGAUUGCUUUGAGUAAACUAUAUUCAAAAUUGAGAUUACAAGCAGCUGUAUUGGGAGACGAAAGAUUGAAUCUGUUGAACGAAAUGAUUGCUGGUAUGAGGUUAAUCAAGAUGUACACCUGGGAAUUGCCAUACGCCGCAUUAAUAGAAAAAAUUAGAAUGAAAGAAAUGAAAAAAAUUCGAAUGUUUUUAUAUGCAAGCGGAAUAUCGUAUAUAUUGGCGUAUCCUAUAUCGAAAUUAUUCAUUCUCCUCGCAUAUCUCGCAUUCUUUUUAAACGGAGGACAGCUAAAUGCCGAAAUUAUAUUCGUUACAAUGACUUUCUCAAUGUACAUCGCCUUUCAGAUUGUAUCUUUUUUUUCUCAAGCAUUGAGUUUUGUUACAGAAAUUUUGGUUUCGUUAAAAAGGAUAAAGGAUUUUCUCCUCCUUCAAGAAAAAGAGAACAAUGCAGGCAAAACUGUAGGAGAAAGAGAAAAUUCAACCGAAUACGAAAUACGAAUGGAUAGUGUCACAGCUGCAUGGAAAAACGAAUUCGAACCAACAUUAAAUGAGAUAUCACUAAACAUGCAGCCGAGAGAAUUAUUAAUAGUAAUAGGUCCUGUUGGAUCAGGGAAGACGUCUUUACUAAUGUCCUUGUUGGGAGAGAUUCCAAUUACUUCCGGUAAAGUGUCCGUGAAAGGAAAGAUUUCGUACGCUUCUCAAGAAGCUUGGGUGUUCAACGCAACUAUCAAAGAAAAUAUCUUGUUUGGAGAAGAAUAUCAAGAAGACAAAUACAGAAAAGUCUUGCAUAUAACGGCUCUAGAAAAGGAUAUUAGCUUAUUUCCUAAAGGAGAUUUGACAAUCGUAGGAGAAAGAGGAGUGAUAAUGAGCGGUGGGCAGAAAGCAAGAAUUAAUUUAGCAAGAGCGCUAUAUGUGGAUGCCGAUAUUUUCCUCCUGGAUGAUCCACUGAGUGCUGUUGAUGUUCCAGUGGCAAAACAUAUCUUCGAAAAAUGUAUAAUGGAAUAUUUGAAAGAGAAGAUAUGUAUUCUAGUUACGCAUCAAAUACAAUUUUUAAACUCUGCGUGUAAAAUUUUAGCGUUAAAGAAGGGGAAAUGUGAAUUUAUUGGAAAUUUUAAACAAUUGGAGAAUUUAGAAAUGCAUACAGUAAUAUUACCAAAGGAAGAAGUCUCUGAGAACAGCAUUGAUUUAGAGAGUGCGGUUUUUAAUGACGACGACGAUGAUGAUGAUAAAAUUGAAAGUUUUCAAUGUGAUAGGAAUGAUGAAAUUGAAGACAGAAACAAGAGUAAUGAGAAAGCCGAAGAUAACCAAACACCACAUGGCAAUGAAGGAGUCAAGAAACCAGGAAUUUCAGUUUAUAAAUCAUACAUCAAUGCCGGAGCUGGACUUUUCUUCAAGAUUGUUAUUUUAUCCACGCUAAUUAUAGCGCAGUCCUUUACAAGUGCCAGCGACUAUUGGCUAAUCAAAUGUAAGCAACUGGGUCAUGGCAAAAGAAAGAGAGAAGUGUCUCCACUGAAGGCGCUGGGUGAUGUUAGGGAUGAAGUUGAAAGUCGUCCUGCCGGUGGUGCUGCUAUCCCAUUCCUGUUGCCAUUGGUGGAUUGCAAGCUAGAAGUUCCAGUGCUUAAUUUUAGAAGGUGGGAUCUUGUCGUAGCUAGACGGGAGGGAGGAGGCUGCAACAGAUUUAGCGAGGCUGUUGGCGGCUUCGUUGCCUGCUACACCCGAGUGGCCACGUACCCAUUUAAAAUGUACAUUGUGGUUAUGCGUGUUAGAGGCAAGAUGACGAUGGAUUCGAAGAACAUUAUCGCCUCUGCGUUGGAGGCCACUAAUGUAGUGGAUGGCAGUGAUGCUAUCGGUAUAAACGAUGAUGGUUUUGUUACGGGGGAACCAAUCAGUGAAAACGUAGUCGAGUGCCUUAGAAAAAUUUUAAUUCGGUUUUCCAAAGAUGUUAAGUCCAUGGAUGAUUUGUUACCUUUCUGUACUUUCAUGCUGAUAAGAGGAUGUUUUCUUAUUGCCGGCAUGUGUGUUCUUCAAGCGAUACUCUUUCCCUAUCUAUUUAUAUUGAUUGCUGUCCUUUUAGUAAUAUUCGGUGCUCUGUGGACCAUCUUUAGCCGAGUAUUGAAAAGCGUAAAACAUUUGGAAGGAAAAUUGAGAAGUCCAGUAUUUUCACAUCUGAGUGUAUCCCUUUACGGACUGACGACAAUUAGAGCAUUUAAAGCUGAAAGCAGAUUUAAAUCCAUGUUUAAUAAGUAUCAGGAUAAGCAUACUUCAACGUUUUUUAUUUACGUGUGUUUAAUUCGCUGGAUUGCCAUAUACGGUCACAUAAUUUGUUUCAUAAAUCUAAUUAUUACUGUUAUUAUUUUCGGUGUUUCAAAUAAUUCAGGUGACGCAGGAAGCAAAAUUGGACUUUUAUUAAAUUACGGAAUACUAAUAAUUACGAAUAUUCAAAGCUUUGUUGCAUUUACAUCUGAAAUGGAAUUUCAGAUGAACUCGGUAAAGCGCAUUCUGAAAUACAGCAAAUUGAAAUCAGAAGCUUCGUACGAAAGUUUGCCCGAAAAACGACCCCCCUUAGACUGGCCACAAAGAGGAGAAAUUCAUUUCGAUAAUGUUUGUUUACAAUACUCCGAGGAUAAAAACAUCGUUCUAAAGAAUUUGACUUUUCAUAUUGACUCUGGAGAAAAGAUAGGAAUAGUUGGGAGAACAGGAGCUGGAAAGAGUUCUAUAAUUGCUUCGUUAUUUCUCAUGACAGAGCCAACGGGAACAAUCAUCAUCGAUGGAAUCGACACCAAAGAAAUCGGUCUUCGAGAUCUACGUAGUAAAAUAUCCAUCAUUCCUCAAGUACAGUUAAAAGAAGUUAUUAGUAAAUUACCUGGAGGAUUGGAUACGCACUUAACGGAAGGAGGGAGAAAUUUCAGCGUGGGAGAAAGACAAUUAAUUUGUCUGGCCAGAACCAUUCUUCGCCGGAAUAAAAUUCUCGUCAUGGACGAAGCAACGUCCAAUAUCGAUAAAAGGACCGAUUCCUGUCUACAGAAAAUAAUUCGAGAAAGAUUUAAAUCUUGUACUGUGUUGACAAUAGCCCACAGAUUAAACACAAUCAUCGAUUCGGAUAGAGUGCUGGUACUAGAUACCGGGAAACUACAAGAAUUUGACUCGCCGUAUGCAUUACUGAAGAACGUAAAUGGUAUAUUUUAUAAUUUGGUAAAGAAGACGGGAGUAACUUCAAUGAAUGAAUUAUACAAAAUUGCCAAAGAGAAAUAUUACGCUAAAGAAACGGUCGAACAAACAAAACUAUAAAACAUUGUCUUCAAUGUACAUCCAUAUUUUAAAGAUCCGGUGUUAAGUUUUUUAUUUAAUUUUGUUCUUAGAAAUAUUAAGUCAAGUUCUUAAACAUUAAGUUAGUAUUUCCGCACAUCAAGUAAAACAUAAAAUUAAUAAUAUCUAAACAUUUGUGAAUUAAACUGUGAUAAACAUUACUGACAGUAAUCAGAAAGUAUAGGGGUUAAUAUUUUAGCUAUAUUUUCAAUUGUUAAUUUAAGAAAUAAAUUGAAUUUUCAAGUAUUAAAGAACAGUGAAUGACAUUAAUUUAAAUAAUAUAAUAUAAGUUUUGUUUAUGAAUUCCACCCGGAAAAUCUUAAUCGUUAAUAUAAUUCUAAUAGUAAAUAUGUAUUCCAGCAAUACUUUGCAUUAGGGUAAUGAGUAAAAAUAAAAUUAGCCUAAAUGUUCCAGAAUUCGUUUGCUUUUGAAUUAUUUUUAUUUCAGUGUCUAAUAGUUAAUCGAUCUAUGUAACUUAAAUCUUAAACUUGAACUUAAAUCGUCUAUUUCGUUUAAUAUUUAGGAAUGAAGUAAUGAUCAAGGAACGAAAUUUAACACGGUAGCUUGUAUGUAAUGGACAUCCAUUGCAUUAAAUUUCGGUGGUUAUACGACAACGAGGUGCAAAGAUAGAAGGAACUCGUGUCGUGUCUGGAGUUGGGUCAAAUUUAAUCAUAUUCUUCUUUGCUUGAUAGUAUUUACGAAUUUUGAUAAGAACCUAUCACAACCUUCAAAGUACACCGUUUUUGCUAUUUUAUAAUUACAAUAUAAUAAUUCUUUUUUAACGAAAUAUCAUAUUUGAUAGCGCAGCAGAAAACUUUAUGUUUAUAUAACUUCUUCAUGAAACUUCAAGGUUUUCUGAACGCAAAUAAAAUGCUAAACUUUUACACUUGAAUAUGAAUAUUAUAAAAAAUGUUAUCUAAUAGAUGUGUAAGAUCGAUGCGUACAUCUGCAUUUCUUAUCUGCAUCUGCAGUGUAUAAAAAAGUGUAGAUGAGAAUGGAAAGGAAGGAGAAAAGUAACCCAUUCGAUACAGUUGGUGUUUUCUGUCGUAUAUUUCUCUGGUAUGUAAUAUUACUUUUUCUCUUUAAUAAUUAAAAUUUUGAAUUAUGAAUAAUUACGAAGUUCUUUGCUUAGGAGUAAUCUUUUCAAAUAAAACCCCUAAUUUAUUCAUAUUGUUUAUUAAUGUUAUAAUAAAGCUAUGUACACAGAUUUU